CAAUUGGUGUCACGUCUUAUAUGAAUGACUCGUGUUUUGACUUUUUAUGACCAAAAAAUAGUGAGAUUUUUAAGGAAAUUAUAUUUGAUUUGUAUUUCAAUCGAUAUUCAAUUGAAUCACUUCUUGGAUCUCAAUAUCAAGCCAUCAGUCAAUCUGAUUGUCAUCGCAGAGGCUGUGCUUUAGGUCGCAAAUAGUGGCACAACGAUAGGUAUUGUGGUUCUUGUGGUACAACUGAUCCGUCACUAUAUAGUGAGAUGUCCUUCACAUUCGCCGCCUUCUCCUACAUCUCUGGACUCAUUUUAGACGCUUUUCUCAUAUUCUUCGCCGUCUUUCACGUGAUAGCGUUUGAUGAGCUGAAGACCGACUUCAAGAACCCGAUAGAUCAGUGCAAUACAUUGAAUCCACUGGUUUUACCCGAAUAUGGCGUCCAUUUGGCGUUCAAUGUAUUGUUUCUAAUCGCCGGCGAAUGGUUAACACUACUAUUGAACGCACCGUUGAUCGCGUAUCACAUCUACAGAUAUAAGACGCGACCGAUUAUGUCGAGUCCCGGACUCUACGACCCGACGACUAUCAUGAAUGCGGAUCAGUUGUCCCGCGCUAUGAAAGAGGGUUGGGUUAAACUGGGCUUCUAU